CAUAUAUGCCGCACUGCUCCCCUCCUCACUUCCGCGCUCAAAAGUCCCAUCAUCGAUGCCGGUCAUGCACAUCGCGGUUAGCGGGUACGGCGCCUUCGCUCGCUAUAUCGUAUCCGAAAUUACUGCCGCGGGUCAUACUGCCAUCGUUUUAACACGAUCCUUGAAAGAGAAUCUCACUUCUGAUGGCAUCGAACAGCACGUGACUGACUACUCCGUCGAGUCGCUCACAUCCGCGUUGAAUAAUUGUGACGCCUUGAUAUCGACAAUAAGCGAGCUCACGACUGCAAACAUCGAAAUCCAUGCUAACAUGCUCGCCGCUUGCCAAGCGAGCUCAAAAUGCAAAAGAUUCAUACCCCCUGAGUUUGCGGCAAACAUUCGCGACUACCCUGAUCAGCCGGGCUUUUAUUACGAAACGCAUGAGCCCGUACGACAAAUGCUACGAGACCAAACGGAUGUUGAGUGGUCCUUGGUGUGCUUGGGGUGGUUUGCCGACUACUUUGUACCGGCAAAGAAUCGUUACAUCAAAGACAUUGGAAACUUGCAUCCUAUGGACUGGUCUAACAAAAGGUUCCUGAUCGCGGGAUCAGGAAAUGAGCCUAUUGAUCUCACUUGGGCACGUGACGCUGCGAAAGGACUGGUAGCAUUGACGGAGGCACAAAGGGGGACGUGGGAGGCGUAUACAUUCAUGUCAGGGGAAAGGAGUUCUUGGAAUGCGGCCGUUGCACAUGUACGGCAUUCUGCGGAUGGUUGGCAGAAUGCCCCUUUGGAGCACAUCUCGUUGCGCUCUGUUGUAGAGUCUGUGAGAUCCACGAACGACGACAAGGUAUUGGAGUCGGCUGAUUAUCACCUGCUAUCAAUCAGUGGAGCAUGUGCACUUCCCUUGGAUGCUGUGCGAGCGCACAAGGAUAAGUUCUUUUCGGGAAUUCGGUUUCGAUCUCUAGAAGAAGGCCUACUCGAGGUCAACCGUGCUCCAAACGCUAUCAUAUGACGGAGAUGGGAAGCACAAAAAAUCGUAUGUUUGUUUACUAGAAAGAAGAGUUGGCCAUGGAAUAAAACAGGUCCUUUUGAUGUAUACCCUCGCAUUUCUGUUCCAUGCUAUGCCUCUGUAUCCCUACCAGUAGUUUCAACACGCUGUUACGGUAGUCUUAGCAACUAGACUGACUAGGAGUAUCGUUGACUUACCAAUCUCGUCC